AUGACCUUUAUUAUUCAAAGUACCUGGUCACAGGAUUCUUCAAGUUCUGUUUCAAGCUCUGCCUCGAGCUCUGAUUCAAACUCUGGAUCUAGCUCAGAUCAUGGAGGUCCACAUGGUGUGUGUCUGGUCUGCAAGAAGAAGGAUGAGAUAUGUGAGCCAGUAUCAUCAAUCUGUGAGCUUGGAACCGUUUGUAUCGAAGUCUCCAAUGCCACAUUCAAAUGUGCCUCCCUUCCAACCAAGGGCGAGAACUGCAACAUGACCAAGCUAUGCAAGGAUUACUAUGCUUGUGACCUGAUAACCUCAAUCUGUAUUGAGAAGGGUUAUCUUGGAUAUGAUGAGGCAUGCACCAACACUACCCAAUGUGCUCAUGGAUUGUCUUGUGAGGAAUCAAAGUGUAUCAAUCCGAAGUAUCCAUCGUGCCAGACCAAGACCAUGUGUAAGUGGGAUGAGACUUGCAACUCCAACCUCAACUGUAGUGCUCCAGUUGCCAAUGGUGGAAACUGUACUGCCGAUGAUGACUGUGCUGUCCAAAGUUCUUGUAUGAAUGGUACCUGUGUCGUCUACUUCUCCGUGGGUCUCAAUGGAGCAUGUGACUCCUCUGCCGAGUGUGAUAUUACCAAGGGUCUUACUUGCAUGAACCAUACCUGCCAACCAAAGACUGUUCUUGAGUCCACUCCAUGUAACUCAACUUUGGACUGUAUCUCCACGGGAUCAAACAGUAUCUGCAAGUGCUCUGGUGGUAACUCUGGUCCAUCCAACGGUACCUGUCACUCCUACAUCGAUCUUACUCAGGUCACCAAGGACAUCUUUGACACCUAUUUCAAGUGUUUGAGGGACAACAAGUGUCCUGAUGUUGACUACGUGAUCCCAGCCAGCUGUGCCUACAAGUGUGGAGACAUUCUCACCAAGACCUACGCCAAUCCAUGUGACGGAAGCUCCUCCACGACCACCAGUGCCUCGACCACUACCAGCGCCACUACCACUGCGUCCACUACUGCCACCACUGCCACCACCACUGCCUCUACUACGGCCACUACUGGCAACCCUGGUACCACCACUGGUACCACUGGUAACCCAGGCUCGACCACUGGCAACCCAGGCACCACUACCAACAAUCCAUCGUCCACGACCACUUCGGGUCCAUCGUCAACAUCUGAUGCAUCCAGCCUCCAAGGAUUCAUCGUCCUGUCCACCGCACUGACCUUCAUCAUCAUGUUGUAA